AUGAUUCGCCGUGAAAACCGUCUUCGAAGGGAAUAUAUAUAUCGGAAGUCUUUGGAAGAGAAACAGAAGGUUGUCGAAGAGAAACGCGACAAGAUACGAGAUGCUUUAGAAAAUAACACGUAAGAAGAGGUUAGAAAUAGUUAAGCACUGGGCUAUUAUUACAGAAAAGUUGAUUCGUCUUUGAGAAAAGAAGCUAUUUCUCUGGCGAAAGGGGCAGAAUGGGGAGGACAAGUAAGUUUUCAUUAAUUUUUUGGCGUGUUGGAGAAUUCGUACUUUAAAACCGUUUAAAUCUCGAUAAAGUUCAAAAAACUUUCCAAAACUUUGAAAUUUGAAAAAAUAGACAUCAUAAAAAAGCCGACGAACCGAACGUUUUUUUCAAGUAAAAAAAGCCAACAAACUGACCGUUUUUUCCAGAACGUUUUUCUUUUUUAAUGCAAGAUGUUUUCAGGCUUUUGGAAUAGAUGAUGAGUACAGAUGGGCUGGUGCGCAAGAUCCAAAAAUUGUAAUAACGACAAGCCAUAAGCCUUCUAGUCGUCUCAAGAACUUUUCAAAGGUUUUCUUGAAAUUUACGUGUUAAUGCAAUUCACAUACAUUAAAGGAAAUGAGGUUGAUAUUUCCGAAUUCUCAAAGGAUCAACAGAGGACACUACGACAUAAAACAACUCGUCCAAGCUUGCAGAGCCCAAGACGUACGCUUUUUUUGUUUUAUAAUUAAACUACCGUUAUAUUUCAAAAACAUGUGGCCUGUGCUCUUAUUUGAAUCGAUGGAAAUUGAAAAUUUCCAAACAAUAAAAAAUAUGGUUCUCGGUUUUUUUAAAAUCACAUUGGUAGAUUCUAAAUUUUUCAGCUCACUGGUAGAGGGAAAUCCAUAGUACUUUUUUCAAAUAUUUUUUCUUCGGUUUCGACAAAUCGAAAAAAUUCUUACCAAGCUUGUUAUCAGACCUUUUGAAAACGGUCUUUUCAUCCUAUUCAUUCUUUCUAACUUUUUUCAAUGCAUUGUUUGAUUGUUAUCCGAAGAUUUGAUGAGUCAUGCAUUAACUUUGAAGUUUAGCGUAAUGGGAGAAUGAAGACUUUUUUUUUUCGAUUGUUUGACACCCCUUCACAACCUUGAAAAGAAUCUCUACUGCUUCAGACGACGGAUCUCAUCGUGCUGACCGAGACACGCGGAAACCCAGACGGAAUGAUCGUGUGCCACUUGCCGUUCGGCCCAACCGCCUACUUCACCAUGAUGAACGUGGUCAUGCGACACGAUAUCCCGGGCUGCGGCACCAUGAGCGAGCAAUAUCCUCACCUCGUCUUCUCCAAACUCGACAGCAAACUCGGCCUCAGAGUUCGCUUUUUCCCUCUUUUCGCCCCAUAAAGAAGUUCCUUUGCAGUUCACCUCGAUCCUCAAACAUUUGUUCCCGGUGCCGAAGCCGGAAUCCAAACGCGUCAUUACUUUCGCCAAUACCGAUGACUACCUCUCCUUCCGACAUCACACUUACAAGGUUUGAUCGAACGUGAUAAUUUUUCAAUUUUAUUCUUUCAGACGGAUACAAAAGGGGAAAUCGAGUUAUCCGAAGUGGGACCACGGUUUGAGCUGAGACGUAAGAUUCCAAGAUCUCGAAUGGUUCGUGAACGAAAUUCUUGCAGCCUACCAGAUCAAGCUGGGAACGCUGGAAAGCAUUGCCGCAGCCGACGACGAGUGGGUUUUGCGGUCUUACACGAACACUGCGCGCAAAAGACAGUACCUGAGCAUCGCCCGGGAUGAAGAAGAAGACGAAUGA